ACUUGAAGAAACUUCCAUUGCCAUGUUCAAAGAAUCACACACAAAUUAUAUGCUAUGAUUUGUGUGAUUAUGUAAAGGAACAGUAUCCUCGAUCUAAAGUAAAGUCCACAUUUUGAAGGUAUUUUGAUCCUUAACAUUUCUCUCCUGUCUUGCUCUUUCAUUCUCUCAAAUAGAUGGUGACAAGAUCAUCAAACUGGCCAUUCACUUGACUGUCCAUGUUGAUCAGGAAAGGUUUCAAUUUAUUGUACUUCACUUUUAUACUAGAGUUAUAAUUUUUCUAGCUAUAGCAUUUCAAUUUCAUUUUCAAUUUUAAUGCAUGGAAUGCAUACCAUUUCUACUUGGAUUAGAAGCAGAUUUCAACUUAUUUUAACUUUACUAAUGUCAAUGGAAGCCUAUUUUCUAUCAGUUGGAUCAUCCUAUCAAUUUUGUAUUGAUGGUUAGGUUGAUCCUUGGAACUCUGAAUUGAACUGUUCUGUGAAGUUUUUAAAUAAUAUAAGCAGAACUUACAUUUCCCAAGUCUACACCUACUUUGGCCUUCAUUGUUUAUAUUAUAUGCUCGUUCUUUAUGAAAAGUCUCAGAUAAAGAUUAAUACCCUUUUGGGUUUUUGUUCUUCUGUGAGAUCAUGGCUGAAUCCGUCAGCAUAGAUGUUGAAGAAAGUGAGAAUCACCCACUGCAGGGUACUGGUGUGGCAGAUGGCUUCUUCAAUCAGAAGGUUAUUAAUCUGGAACGCUUUGUUCUUGUCAUGAAUUUCAUCUUAGAGCUUCCAGCAGCUGUUUUUGAUCAGUUAUCCUCUGAGCAUAAGCCCAGAUAUGCUCUACUUAGUAUGAUAAUGUCUUUCAUAAUGUUAUUCAUUUCAAUUUUUGAUCUUGUCUACAAAGGUCGAAAAGGAAGAGUUGCUUGGAGGAUCAGGGGAAAAAUGCCAUGGUUUUAUUAUCCAUAUCCCAAUCCCAAGCCUUUUGGGACAUUUCCUGAUAUUAUUGGAUUAGCUUGUUCCAUCUUUCAAUGUAUUUUCACAUCAAUAACUUAUAGCUUUUUGUCUCGAGGUGCUAGUAAUCCUAUCAAUAUAAAUGUUUGGCCUGUAACUUUUGCCUUUGGUCUGUUAUGUGCUAGAUUCUCAGGAAAUCCUCCGGAAAAAAUGCUUACCUCACUUGAAAGGAGACUACAAGAGUUUAGUCUGGCUGAGCUUGCUGCUGCCACCAAUAGUUUCUCACCUGAGAACAGGAUUGGUCCAUUGAGCUUUCGCAUUUUUGUUUAUAGAGGGGAAUUAGCAGAUGGUCAUCAAGUGACAAUUAAGAGAGCGAAAGCGGACACAGGCCAAUGGAGGAAGGAGUUUCAGAAGGAAUUUGAAUCUGAACUGACAUUAUUGUCAAGGCUUCAUCACAAGAACUUGGUUAGGCUUGUUGGGUAUUGUGAAGAUGGGGAUGAGAUACUUUUAGUUCAUGAGUAUAUGAAGAAUGGAUCUUUAUAUAAACAUUUGCAUGAUGAAAACAAUAUUGAAAAGAACAGUAGUAUGAUCAAUUCAUGGACAAUGAGGAUCAAGAUUGCAUUAGAUGCUGCUAGAGGAAUUGAAUAUCUUCACAACUAUGCAAGCCCACCGAUAAUUCACAGAGAUGUCAAGUCUUCUAACAUCUUGCUUGAUGAGAAUUGGACAUCAAGAGUUUCUGCUUUUGUAUUUUCAUUAAUGUGUCAUGAACCCGAAAGCGAAUGCAUGCCAAUGGAGAUAGUAGGGACACCUGGGUAUAUUGAUCCCGAGUACUAUGAUCUAACUGUGUUAACGACGAAGAGUGAUGUAUAUUCUCUUGGUGUGGUGUUAUUAGAACUUUUGACAGGCAAAACAGCUACAUUUUGGGAUGUCAAUGAAGGCAAUGGCACAUCAUUAGUGCAUUUUGCAAAGCAUAAAAUGAAGUCCGAAAAGUUGCCUAAGUUAUUGGACUCUAGGGUGAAUCCUCCAAGGCCUUUUGAAGUAGAGGCAGUGGAGCUAUUAGCAGAUACUGCUCUUGCUUGUGUGGCUUUGCAAGGAAAAGAUAGACCGAAUAUAACUGACAUUGUUGCUAAUUUGGAGCGAGCUUCGACUCUCAUUGAGGCGCGAGCUUGGUCUCUCUCUGGCAGUAGUUAGGAGCAGUAUUCAACACAUGGAGGCUUUGCCAAUGGCCAGUAAUGGGUUUGGUUAUGCAAAGAACACGAAAUUGUACAUACAACUGAAAUCUUAUAGCUCGAAAAAAGUAAAAUUCUAUAAGCAACUUCUCCUUAUAACAUACAGCCACAUGACUGGUCUGCUUCUUCUAUGAAGAAUGAAUGAAUGACCAUCCAAAAUCAGAAACUCUUGCUGUCAAAUUCUCCUCGAGCAAGAUGUUAGAAGGCCUAAUAUCUCCAUGAAUUAUUCGUGGGACUGCGCGAUUGUGAAGAUGUUGAGUUCCUCUAGCAGCAUCUAAUGCAAUCUUGAUCCUCAUUUUCCAGGAGUUGAUCACACUACUACCCAUCGUGAAGCUAUAAGCUAUUGAUGUAAAAGCACAGUUCCAGCUAAUUAAAAUAUAUGAAAGCAACUUCUCUUGAUCUCCUUCUUCACCAUGCUAAUAAUCCUCACCAUCAAACUACCAUCACACAAAGACAAAGCCUGCUCCAAAUUAGCAACUACCUGAUUCAUAGUUGGCUUCAGUAUCUGCCAGAAUCUUCACUGCUUCUGCUUCACUUUGCUCUGGGGGAUUAACCUUGGGAUCCAAGAUCUCAAGCAAUUCACCUGCUACAG